CCACACCAGAUUUUUAACUUGAGUAAUUUAUUAUUAUUACUUUUAUUUAUACCGCAAUACUAUUAUUAGGAGUGCAUACAGAUGGAUAUAUGAUAUUAUAAAACUUUUUAAUACUUCAAAUAACAUACAACAAUAAUAAUUCAAUCACGGGGUUUCCUAAUAAUUAUUUUGAGUUGAAUGUAGGCGCGGACAAUUAAACAUAUUUUGCGGGUUUCAAAAAUCGAAGUAAUUCGAUAUUUCCAAACAUCGAAGUCUCCGACGAUACGAUACGAUAUUGAUAUGAGAUAUAACCUAUGAAUAUUAAAACUAAAGUAGCCUAGUUAUAUUAUACUUAUAUAAAAUUAUACAAUUGAUUUUAGUUGUUUUGAAAUAUAAAUAUUCAAUGAUUUGAGAAUAUUAACAUUAAACAGCAACCAAUAUGUUCAAAAUCUCAGAUGUGAGUUUGUCGGUGUUGAAGGAGUCAAAAUACAUCAAGCCAUACCAAAUGCACUACAAAGAAAAUGGAGUGAAAAAGGCAUGGGACAUGAUCAAAGUACAUCAAAGCGUUUACAUUAUUAUUUUCAAUGUAACAAGGAAAGUCCUAGUCUGUGUGAGACAAUUCAGGCCUGCUGUGUACUACAAUUCUAUUCCAGAGGAAGAGAGAGACGUGAUUGAUACUGAGAAGUAUCCAGCCGAGCUGGGUCUCACUCUGGAGAUUUGUGCUGGCAUUGUAGACAAAAAUCUGCCGCUCAUUGAGAUUGCUCGAGAAGAAGUCCAUGAAGAAUGUGGAUACGACGUACCUGUCGAUAAAUUAGAAAAGAUAUUGACUUGCAGACAAGGCGCUUUGAAUGGAAAUUUCCAAACAAUGUACUACACGGAAGUCACUGACAGCAUGAAGACAGGAAAAGGAGGCGGCCUUGAAAGCGAAGGAGAAUGUAUCGAAGUGGUUGAAUUAACACUGGAAGAAGCCAAAAAGUGUUUGGAAACGGAUAAUCUCAGAUCAGGCCCUUCAUUCCUCUUCGGUCUAACAUGGUUCUUCCUCAACAAAGCUAGCAAAUUUACUUAGAUCAUUCAUUUGGUGCAGUUUUUAAUAUGACGUGAUAUGUAAUUUCUUGUUUCAAUUCCGUUUUAUUGAUAUUAUCCCCAUUUUAUAUUUCUCGGUUCUCCUUGUAUUUAUUCCUCACUCAUAUUCAAUUGUAAAUCAUUUUCAAUAGAAUCAGCUUUCCGCUCAAAUUCCACCUGGCUGGAAGGAUGAACUUUGCCAUUAUUAUAAUAUAAAUCACUACCUUUUACAGCCAAUAAUUUUAGAUACUGUUGUUGAAAAUGCACUAUACAUUAUAGGAAACUCACUUGUAGAUGUAAGAACAAAUUCCCAACAAGGUAUCUCUAAAUUAGAAGCACCCAAUUUUCAAUUAAGUAAAUAUAUAAUUUCAAUUAACUAUAACCAUACCUGGAGUAACUUGAA